ACAGCAUCUGUAGACAUGUAUCGCUAUCUAUCUCAACGUCAGAAAAAAACCCUGAUUUUUGUCCUUCUUUUAAGAAGGAGGAGGAUGGCAGUGAAAAAAAAGAGGAGGGUGUGGGUGCAUGAAACUCUCAGGUCUAGGGAACACCUCGGAGAGUUUAGAUUAGUGAAAGAGCUCCGUCUCCACGAUGAUCGGUUUCAAAAUUAUUUUAGGCUUAGCAGGGAGCAGUUCGACCUUGUGCUUAUGAGAGUUGGGCCGGUGGUGUACAGAAUGAAGACAAAUUUCCGGGACCCUAUUUCUGCAACACAGCGCCUGGCAAUUUGUCUGAGGUACCUGGCAACUGGUGACUCUUACACCACCAUUGCUUCCAGUUACCGAGUGGGCAUCUCCACAGUGGCAAACAUUGUCCGAGAGGUCUCCAAGGCCAUUUGGGACAGCCUGGUGGAAGACUUCAUGCCAGUUCCAAAGGCUGCCCAAUGGAGGGAAAUUGCUCAGGGCUACAUGGAGACAUGGCAGUUUCCCAACUGUGUGGGAGCAAUAGAUGGGAAGCAUGUAGUUAUGCGGGCCCCCAAUAAUUCUGGAUCCCAAUAUUACAACUACAAGGGAGCUUUCUCCAUUGUGCUGCUGGCAGUUGUGGAUGCCCGGUACCUGUUUAGGGUUGUUGAUAUUGGUGCAUUCGGGCGGAACAGUGAUGGAGGGACCCUGGCUGCAUCUGCAUUUGGAGAGACCCUCAGGGAAGCCAGGCUGGAUCUCCCAGAAGACAUGCUCAUUCCUGGUGCUGAACACCUGGGGACAAUGCCCCAUGUCUUUGUGGGAGAUGAGGCAUUCCCCCUCAGGAGGAAUUUGCUUAGGCCCUAUCCUGGCAGAAACCUCUCCCUUCGUAGGAGAAUAUUUAACUACCGCCUCUCACGUGCAAGAAGAGUAGUGGAAAACGCCUUUGGUAUCCUGACUGCACAGUGGAGGAUCUACCAAAGAGUGAUUGGGGUGAGCCCUGAAAUUGUAGAUGCCAUUGUUAAAGCAACAGUGGUUCUGCACAACCUUCAAAGAUGGAACACCCCAGUAGAACCUCCUGGCUCAUCAGAAGAUGCCCCAGCUCUGCAACCUGCAAGGAGGGUGGGCACUAAUAAUGCCACACAGGAAGCCAUUGCUAGCCGGGAGGCCUUCACCACCUACUUCUGCUCGGCUGCUGGCGCGAUGCCCUGGGACCCCGAGGCCUGAUGUCAAUGCAACCCACACCUGCUGCUGUGCUUAUUACCAAUAAAAGGCUCUUUUAAGAGCCACUUCCUUAUUCAUAAAAAAGCAUUUUUUUAUUUGCAUUCAAUGAUAUCUACCCAUCCAAGUAAGUAUGUAAAGUAUAGGUUAUAUUGAACUCUAAACUUAAGUCAUUCCUUCAAAUACCACAAAGACUAUAUAGUUAUUAACUCAUGUAACAUUUAU